UCCCGAAAUAAACAAAUUGGGGUCCUCUUUAGCUGAAUGCUAGUCGCCGAGACGGGGUUACAAUACAUUGUUUGGCGCUUUCGAAAAGCUGUAAUGAAAUAACGUCCUUAUCCUCGUAUUUAGAUUGCCAGAGCAAUGUUCAACAAAGUGCCGUUCUUUUGAUUAGGUCAUUAACGGUCCUAGCUGCCCAUUAUUUGUGUUUUCCAACGACGAAGGGUGUGUUUUCUUCGGUCGCGCUAACAUAGCCGAAGCGAAUCAGUUUGCUUAAUUUUUUUAAACACGAAACAUAAUUUGUGAGUUUCAUUUGAAGUUAUUCUUCAUUUUCAUUUGAACUGGGAGGGGUUAAUGAGCAGUAAUGUCUGGCAUUGCUCUUAGCAGACUGUCCCAGGAGCGCAAAGCCUGGAGAAAAGACCACCCGUUUGGUUUUGUUGCUGUGCCUACAAAGAAUCCGGAUGGAACCAUGAAUUUGAUGAAUUGGGAAUGCGCCAUUCCUGGAAAGAAGGGCACCCUCUGGGAGGGAGGACUGUAUAAACUCAGGAUGCUCUUCAAGGAUGAUUAUCCGUCCUCGCCACCCAAAUGCAAGUUUGAGCCACCAAUAUUCCAUCCAAACGUCUACCCAUCUGGCACUGUAUGUUUGUCUAUCUUGGAGGAGGACAAAGACUGGAGGCCUGCCAUCACCAUCAAACAGAUUCUUUUGGGGAUCCAGGAGCUGCUGAAUGAGCCCAACAUUCAAGAUCCAGCACAAGCAGAGGCAUACACAAUUUAUUGUCAGAACCGAAUGGACUACGAGAAGCGGGUCAGGGCCCAGGCCAAGAAGUUCGCACCCACAUAGAUCAAACAGAGCCGUCUGAUUAAAUAGAAGUUACAGAUCAGAACGUGAAGGACCACUACGACAAGGAUCAACUUUUCUGUACAAUUUGUAGGUGGCUUGUAAAAACUAAUCCCGGCACUUGUAUAAACUCAACAGUUGCUCGUAAGAAGGAAGCAGGCCUCUGUCCAGCCGCAAUGAGGUCACCGCUUUACUUUAUUCAAAUGCUUUCAGUUUCUUUGUAAAUAAUGGCAAUGCAUUUUUGGGAACAAGCAAAAGGCUGGAGAGUUUUGCCAAGGGAUAAAUGAGCGCAUGUACAUAUUAUAAAUAAAAUCGUGAAAGUUAUGUUUUAUAUUGUUUUAGCCAGUUUACAUUUGUGUGUGAUAUUAUGACAAAAAAUAAAAUGCAAUGAAUCGUGUGUUAUUGUGAAAUAAUAAAUUUG